AUGUACCACCAGCCCAUGUACCACCAGCCCAUGUACCACCAGCCCAUGUAUCACCAGCCCAUGUACCACCAGCCCAUGUACCACCAGCCCAUGUAUAACCAGCCCAUGUAUCACCAGCCCCUGUAUCACCAGCCCAUGUACCACCAGCCCAUGUAUAACCAGCCCAUGUAUCACCAGCCCAUGUAUCACCAGCCCAUGUAUCACCAACCAGUGUACCACCAGCCCAUGUACCACCAGCCCAUGUACCACCAGCCCAUGUAUCACCAGCCCAUGUAUCACCAGCCCAUGUAUCACCAGCCCAUGUAUCACCAGCCCCUGUAUCACCAGCCCAUGUACCACCAGCCCAUGUACCACCAGCCCAUGUAUCACCAGCCCAUGUAUCACCAGCCCAUGUACCACCAGCCCAUGUACCACUAG